CUCUCCUCACCAAUCACAUCCUCUCACUAAGCAAAAAAGAGUAAACCUUUUCGAAUCUCAAAUGGCUCGUACCAAGCAAACCGCGAGAAAAUCCACCGGAGGAAAAGCCCCGAGGAAGCAGCUCGCAACCAAGGCGGCGAGGAAGUCGGCUCCGGCCACCGGAGGAGUGAAGAAGCCGCACAGGUUCCGUCCCGGAACCGUGGCGCUGAGGGAGAUCAGGAAGUACCAGAAGAGCACCGAGCUUCUGAUCCGCAAGCUCCCCUUCCAGCGUCUUGUCCGCGAGAUCGCUCAGGAUUUCAAAACCGAUCUGAGGUUCCAGAGCAGCGCCGUCGCGGCUCUGCAGGAGGCGGCGGAGGCGUACCUUGUGGGUUUGUUUGAGGAUACGAAUCUUUGCGCGAUUCAUGCUAAGAGGGUUACGAUCAUGCCCAAGGAUAUCCAGCUCGCGAGGAGGAUCCGUGGUGAAAGAGCUUGAAGAAAGACUCUAGCUUUGUGUAGCUUCGUUGAUGGGCAGUCUGUUUCUGGGAUUUUAGUUUGUGGAUUAGAGCUUGGCUCGUGUUUAAUUAUGCGUUUGUUUAGGUUUAGUCUAUGUUAACAUAGUCGUGAAGGUGUUCGGCGAAAUGUCCCAAAGAAAAAUCUCUCUUGUUUAAUAUAAAACUAUUUGCC